AUGUUAGACUGUGUAUCAGAGCCAAACUUGGACAAUAAUUCUGAUAAUGUUCAAUUAAGUAAAAAAUUAGAGCCUGCAGUCAAUAAAUGUGAAGUUAGCUAUAAUUCUAAUUUUAAUCGAAUCACAGCGUAUGUCACAUCCAAUGGGAAGAUCGACCAUUCUGUUAAGCUCAAUGACACUAUUUCAGAAGGCAAGCCCAGUGUUUACCUAUUUAUCUUCGUCAACCCACUUUCUGGCGAUAAAAAAGGUGAAGAUCUGAUCAACUUACCUCUUCAACACUUCAGAUUACGACGUUUUCCACAAGUGCAAGUGGAGGUGCAUGAUAUCUUAAACGAAGAGGAUGUGACAGAUGGCGUCCGAAAAAUCAAGCUUGUGGAAGCAAAAUUGAAGCUCGGCCAAGUUCCACCGAUAUCUGAUGGCGAUGAUGAAAAAGAAACCAGUGACAGAAAUAGUGGAGAGAAAGCAUCUCAAUCAUCAUCAUCUUCUUCCCAUAGCGACAAUAAAAAGGGUGUACUAUCACAGGCAGCUCAACAGAGACAAAUCCAUGUGUGGAGUGCUGGUGGUGAUGGGACAGUAAUGAGCGUUUUUGAACUUUUAGUCAACUAUAAGAUCGACCUUGAUUUAGUAUACUUCUCUUGUAUCCCUUUUGGUACAGGCAAUGACUUCAGUCAAGUUCUGGGUUGGGGCCGUACAAUUCCUGACAAGGAUCUUCUGGGAUCUAGAUUGCAAAACUUGGAAGAACUGAUUGCUGAGCGAUUAGAAAAGUCAGAUGCUGCUCGCUUGGAUAUCUGGCAAAUGACAAUGACAGCAUACCCGUCUGGAUAUGUUAGAGAAGCUGGCCCGAAAGAACGAAAAGAUGGCCAUGAUGUUGCUGAAGUAAAAGGUCACACUUCUGAUUGUGAGCAUUCUAUGGUUAGGAAGAUGAGCAAUUAUGUUUCGAUUGGUGUACAAGGUUUUGUAGGCAGCGGAUUUGAGGCCCACCGGGCAGGUAAUAGGCUUGCUAAUAAGCUGGUAUAUGCUCAAGAAAGUUCGAAAUGGGUAUUCUGGCGAAGGUUCCCAGAUCUGUCACACUUUAUAUCUGAUUUUUCCCAACAGGACAAUAAGGUAUUAGAAUGGCUGACGCCCUCAGAAAAGCGGGGCAUAGGCAUGCUUCCAUCCGACAUUUCACAAAUGAUGAAAAGUCCAAUCGAUUUAGUCAUACAAAAUAUACCACAUAUUUGGGGCAGAGAAGUGGAUUUAUGGGGAGAAGCGCAAACGGGUUUAGAAUCAGUUCGAAAUCGCUCUGGACCAUGUGAUCCUAACAAUUGGAAGCCACAACGUGCCAAUGACGGACGAUUGGAAGUUAUGAGUAUCGAAAAUAUGACUAGUUAUUUGAAAAAGCUAGCCAAUAUUCGCGGUCAUGUCUCUCGCAUAGGCCAAUUUGAUUCACCUUUUGACAUCAAUUUUCGUGAGCCUGAGCACCAUGUAAAGGAAGUAAACAAAUUAGACGGGAAAACUUCGACUUGGACAAAAGCCAAAGCUUUUCUUAAAGACAAGAAACGACAUAAAUACGAGAAAAAAAACAUGAUGUGUAUCAUGUGUGAUGGAGAAUUCUACGAAAUGAAAGAUCCGAAGUCUAUCGAAUUUAAUAGGUUCGCACAAAUUUGGACACUUGGUAAAAGCGACUCAAAGUCUCAAGGAAGACUUGUACUGGAUGAGUUGGGCUCGAGAAAUGAUAGAGAACAUUAA